AAGAGUUUUGGAAGAAAAUACAUUCUUAAGAUUCACAUGAGGAGCCACACUGGAGAGAAACCAUUCACAUGCACUCAGUGUGGGAAGAGUUUCAGCCGCUCAUCAUCCCUUAAUAAUCACAUGAAGAUCCACACUGGAGAGAAACCAUUCACAUGCACUCAGUGUGGAAAGAGUUUCAGUUACUCGUCACACCUUAAUGAACACAUAAGGACCCACACCGGAGAGAAACCAUUCACAUGCCCUCAGUGUGGGAAGAGUUUCAACCGAUCAGAACACCUUAAUGGACACAUGAGGAUCCACACCGGAGAGAAACCAUUCACAUGCACUCAGUGUGGGAAUGGUUUCAGCCAAUCAACAACCCUUAAUAUACACAUGAGGAUCCACACUGGAGAGAGACCAUUCACAUGCACUCAGUGUGGGAAGAGUUUUAGGAUUUCAUCAUCCCUUUAUCGACACAUGAGGAACCACACUGGAGAGAAACCAUACACAUGCACUCAGUGUUGGAAGAGUUUCAGCCAAUCAUCAUCACUUAAGGAGCACAUGAGGAUUCACACUGGAGAGAAACCAUUCACAUGCACUCAGUGUGAGAAGAGUUUUACCUGCGCGUCAAACCUUAAUCGACACAUGAGGAUUCAUACCAGAGAGAAACCAUUCACUUGCACAUGAGCCGCGGUCACACUGGACUUUUCUCCACAUAGACUUCCUUUCAUAUGCACGCAAAUGUGUCAGAUCGGAGACAAUUGUGCGUCAAGUUUCGCAGUUCACUGCGUUGCAAAGUUCAAGCUUGGUGAACUCUGACCUGCAAAAUCGCAUCACUUGACUGUGUGAGACCAAUCGAAGAUCAAAACAUGACCUCUC